UCUCUUGCCUCCCCAAGCCAACAUGCGUAUUCUGGUCCUUCUCUGCGCCCUGGCCGCGGCACAGGCGGCGCCGCAGUUUCUCUUCGUCCUUCCGCACGACUUCGGCAGCGGCCCCAACCAGCCCCUGCAGGCGAUCCCUCUCGACCAAGCGGUCAGCGUCCCUGGACAGCCCUCCGCCGCUCCUGCAGAGGAGGCGCCUGCCGAGGCUGAGGCCGUAGCGGAUGCGGCUGAGGCUGCCCCCGAAGCAGCUCCUGAAGCUGCGGAAGCCGCCCCUGAGGCUGCGGAGGUGGUCGAGGCCGCUCCUGAAGCCGCGGAAGCCGUGGAAGCCGCCCCCGAGACUGUUCCCGAAGCUGCAGAAGCCGCCCCUGAGGCUCCUACUGCAGGUGCCGAAGCAACCCCUGAGGCAGCCGAAGCCGAGGCUGCAGCCCCCGCGAGCGAGCCAGCCGCUGAAGCGGCCCCUGAGGCUGCUGUUGCUCAGGAAGCCGCCCCUGCUCCCGAGGCCGCCCCCGCAGCCACGGUCGAUGUCGCUGCCGCAGAACCUGCCGUGGCCAUGGGCGCCCCCGCAGCGUCGCCGUCGCUGCCCACCCUGGGCACCCCCGCCGUGACCACCAAGCUGCGCACCGACCCCUCCUCCCUGAACCUGGUGGACCCCCUGGGCCAGGUGGAGGCCCGCUUCCGCCCCUUCAUCUACCCCAACGACUCCCCCGACGUCGUGGCCGCCAAGGUGGCCCUCUUCCGCCUCCACGCCUCACGCCACCCCCUGGCCGCGCCCGCACCUGCGCCCGCACCCCCGACCGCAGCGUAAGCGCCAGUGAGGCCGUGUGAAUGUGCGUGUGUGUGAAUCGGAGAGGAAGAUAAACAGAGGGAAACGAGGAGAAUAAGAAAUGAGAGAGGCAAUUCACUGAUAGUCUCUCUAGGAUCUUAUACUUUUUCGGUUCGAAAUCUCUUUAUCUUCCUCUCACUGUCCUUCAUUACUCCCAAAUCACUUAUUCCAAUCUUCUUUCAGAAUCCUAGUUGAUGUGUGAAUACGCACUUCAGACUAGUGGUUUGCCAUGUAAAUAGAAUUUCAUUUUGUCUCUGACUCUGUAAAUAGGGGCUGUGAGUAGAAUAGCAGGCUUGUCUAGUCUUGAAAAGGCUUGGCUGGGGCGUCCAGAGGUGCAUGGGCGCGCAAGAGCUCGGGCGAUUGUGAUGCCAAAAGGCUUUAUUCAUGGGUGUGCAUUCACCAUUCCAAUCCCGCUUU